UGCCCACAUUGACCCAGAACCCGGUGACCAGGUUAACUUAAUCGACACUGACAAGCGAGCGCCACCGGCAACUGAUAUAAAAGCCUUAACCAUGCCGCGGAACUGCAUCACAUCUUGUGUGGCAUCUAACCAGGCACAAUAUCCAGCAGCGAUAAAAUUCCAGCAGCACAAAAUGGCGAAAAGCAUACAAAUCUUCUUGCUGUCGCUAAUGUUGCUGCUGCUGAUGGGAUUUUACAGCGCCAAAGCCGCGAACAGCUAUAAGGUGUGUGGUUCGGAACUGACCGAAACACUUUACGUAGUCUGCAAGGGCAAAUUCGGUUCCUUUCAACACCACAAACGCGGCUCGUUGGAUCUCUUUGACUAUGUGGACCAGCAGUACGAGGCGAACGAUGUGGAGGACAGGGACACGCUCUGGGGAUUGCCGCCAAGGAAUCAGAAUUCCCUGGUGGCCACCAGGCGGCUAAUGCGCGGCGUUGUCGAUGAAUGUUGCCGCAAGCCUUGCUCGAGAUUGGAAAUGUUAGAGUAUUGCGGAAACUAAACCUGAAUUGCUAAAAGUAAACACUUAUGUAUUCCAACUCCAGUUCGUAUUUCCCUAAAUAUAAUGUAUAUGCAUGUAUUCCUGUUAAAGCAAGUGUACAAAAACUGGUUCGCC